AUGUCGUGGACAAAUGAAAUCCGCGUCGUGAUUGGUUUGGACUUUGGAACCACUUAUUCGGGAUUUUCUUUACAUCAUAUCGAAAAUGAUGAUGUUGGGAAUAUCCAAGCAAACUCUAUAUGGCCCGGAGGUAUGGGAACAUUAAAGACAAAUACGGUACUUCAAUACAAAGCUAACCUUGAAGAGGUUGAAUUGUGGGGUUAUCCAGCCUUGUAUAAGAAACCUAAUAAGAAAAAAAAAGAUAAUGAAAUGAAACCUGUAGAAUUAUUUAAAUUACAUUUGGGUAAUUGUUUAGAACAGUUUAAACCAAAAUUGCCUGUAGAUUUUAAAAAGGCAAUUGUCGAUUAUCUUCGUGAAAUGGGAAAAUGUAUUAAAGAAACAAUUCCUCAAUAUUGGCCUGGAAUCGACUUCAUGAAUGAUGUUCUUUUAGUUCUUACUAUACCAGCUGAAUAUUCGGAAAAUGAUAAGGCUAUAAUGAGAGAAUGUACAUUUAAUGCUGGAUUGAUAAGCGACAAAAAUUCGGAAAGAUUGCAAUUCACAACUGAACCUGAAGCAGCAGCAAUCUACUGUAUGAAUUGCUUAAAGGAAUAUAAACUUACAGAACCCGGAACAACUUUCAUGGUCGUUGACUGCGGUGGUGGCACAGUAGACUUAACAACUCGUAAAUUAUUAGAAGAAAAUCAACUAGGUGAAGUUACAGAAAGAGCGGGAAAUUUUUGUGGGAGUACAUUCAUUGAUAAAAAAUUCAUCGACCUACUUAAGCGUGAAGUUGGAAAAUCUGCUGUAGAUUUGUUAAGUGAUAAGAAUUAUGGUCAAUUGCAGUACUUAAUUCAAGAAUUUUGUCAAUAUGUCAAGAUGCCAUUCACCGGAAAUGAUCCAAAUUUAAGAUAUGAAAUGAAUCUUGAAGAACUUGCUCCCGUAUUAUUACAAUAUGUCACUGGUUCAGAAAAAGAUUUGAUGGAAGAAAAAGAAUGGAUAUUGGAACUUGACUUUGAUACUAUUAAAUCCAUGUUUGAUCCUAUUAUUGAUAUAAUUAUCGAAAUGAUUCAUAUUCAACUAAAAAAUUCUUCAGGAAAAUGUUCUGCAAUAUUCUUAGUUGGAGGCUUCGGUCAAUCAAAAUAUUUACAGAAAAGAAUUGAGAAAGAAUUUAGUCAAUUGGUAGAAAAUAUCUCGAUUCCGAACCAACCUAUCGCAGCAGUCGUACGUGGCGCAGCAAUCUACGGUAAAAGUUUACUUGAGUCAAGAAAUUAUAAGAACACGAAUAAUUUAAAAUGCGUCAUUGCAACUCGCAUAUUAAAUCAUACUUUUGGAGCGAAAGAAACUGCUAGAUGGCAAACUGGAGAUCCACCAGACCGAAUUACAAUUUUUGGAAAAAUUCAUAAAUUUCGCCGUAUCGUAGAACGUAAAACUGAAGCUACAAUUGAUCAAGAAUUUGUAUUUAAAGAUCUUUAUCCUAUCACUCCAUUUCAAACAAAAAUGAAAUUUGAGAUAUAUUAUACAAAAGCACAGAAUGCCGCUUAUUGUGAUGAACCUGGUGUGAAGUUGCUUGGGAGUUUACUAAUUGACCUUCCCGAUGUUCAUUUAGGAUUUAAUAGACCCUGUACAUUUUGCAUAUCAUUUGGUGAUAUGGAAAUUAAAGUUAGGGCUUUUAAUCAAACAAAUGGACAAAAUUAUGAAACUAAGUUUGAAUUAAAUAAUUAUUAA